CUCUUUACUUUCGACCCUAAAAGCUCUCUCCCCUUCCCCUUUUAAUCCUUCUCUCAAUCAAACCAAUCGUGGCCGUCCAUUUUGAAUCGGUAAGUAACGAAAUAGAUCUAGGGUUCUUCGCCGUUUGGGGGAGAUUCAUGGUGUGAAUUCGCAUAAAUUUUAGGGAUAAUUAGAUCUGGCGUUCCUAGGGUUCAUCGCCCUCGGGUGUGAUUGCAUUGUGUGCCGGAAUUGGAAGGAGAUUCAUGGAGAGAGGUGGGAGGAGAUCCGGCGGGGUGUUAAUCAAGAAACGAAGCUCCUCUGGUUGCUUGAUUCUGAAGAAGAAGACCGAUAACAACAACAACAACAACAACCUCCUCACGAGUGAUUCUGAGGAUUACAAUGUAGAAAGGGAUUCUUAUUAUCCUGAGGAUUGUUUUUUCGAGAGGCGUAGAUUAGAUGAUGAGGAUGAGAGCGAAGAAGACGAGGAAUUAUUGAAGAGAUCUUAUGAUGGUAGUAGUGGUAAGAAAUCAUAUUUAGGCUCUUCUGCUCAAUUUGGGAUAAAUAGGGAAUGUGGAAGUAGUAAAUAUUUAGAUAUUGAGAGGAUGAGGAUAAGAAGACCUUGUUUAGACCAGAAGAGCUUGAAUUUGGAUAAACCAAUUAGGGUUCAGGGGAAGAAUGGUGUUCUCAAGGUGAUGCCAAACAAGCAUAAUAAGGUGAUGAGAGGUUUACCACAAAGUUUCACUCAUGUCCAAGCUCAGAAGCCUGGGGAGACUGGUAAAAUACGCGUUGCGAUUAAGGCUGAAACCAAACUGGUUCCUACGGCGAGGGUACACUCAAAUGGGUUGCAACUACCCAUGAAAAGCAAGGGCCAUGAGCAAGAUUCUGAAGAUAGUGAUGAUUCUGGGAGGCUGGAGAAGAGGAUCAUUCAACCUCAGAAGGUUUUGAAGAUUGAGAGAGAGAAAACGUUAGCUGAGGCGCCGACACUUUCGAAAACUAGAGAAGGAGGGAAGGUUAAGCGCGGUUCAGGCACGGAGAAGCAGAGGUUACGCGAGCGGAUUAGGGAAAUGUUACUGGAAGCAGGGUGGAGUAUUGAUUAUAGACCUAGAAGGAAUAGAGAUUACUUAGAUGCUGUUUAUAUAAGCCCCAGGGGAACUGCAUAUUGGUCUAUUAUCAAGGCUUAUGAAGCUCUUCUUAAGCAGGUUAAUAGUGAGGAGCAAGUGGCUAAACCUUGUGAAGUUGGUUCCGCAGCUACUCUGAUCUCGGAUGAGAUACUCAGUCAGUUAACGCGGAAAACCAAAAGAAAGAUUGAAAACGAUAUGAAAAGGGUGGGACAGUGUGCCAAUGAUAGUGAUGGACAAGGAAGUCUUGGUGAUUUUACAGCUCCUCUUGAUGAACCACUUACACAUGUCUCACUGGAUCUAUCUGGUUGACUGUAUCUUGGUUAUGAUAUAGGCCGUGGGGACAUACUACACUCAGUUGGUGGAGGACUUCUGCCAGUCAAUGUUUCAUCUGCUGGUAAACCUUGCAGCUUCAUGAUUGAAAAAUAUUGGAGCAGCUUAAGUGUGCACCACUAGCUUUUUCCUGGAUCUUUCUCUGUAAUUUUAGCAUGUGAAGGUGAUCAAGUGUCAUGCUCUUGUUUCUUCUAUCAAAACACUAUUCUAGCUAGAUGGUUGUCAAAUAUUUUUUCUGUUUAAUGGAUCUGCAAUGACUCGAGGAGUCUUCUUCGCGUAGCCUCUAAAUCUAGUUAUAAAUAUUACUAACUUUUUUAU